AUGUCCCCUGCCAUUGCGCUGGCCUUCCUGCCCCUGGUGGUGACAUUGUUGGUGAGGUACCGGCAUUACUUCCGACUGCUGGUUCGCACAGUCUUGCUCCGGAGCCUCCGAGAUUGCCUGUCAGGGCUGCGGAUGGAGGAGCGGGCCUUCAGCUAUGUGCUCACCCAUGCCCUGCCUGGGGACCCUGGUCACAUCCUCACCACCCUGGACCACUGGAGCAGCCAUUGCGAGUACCUCAGCCACAUGGGGCCUGCCAAAGGUCAGAUCCUGAUGCGGCUGGUGGAGGAGAAGGCUCCUGCCUGUGCACUGGAGCUGGGCACCUACUGCGGGUACUCCACACUGCUUAUUGCCCGUGCUUUGCCCCCUGGGGGUCGCCUUCUCACCGUGGAGCGGGAUCCACGCACGGCAGCAGUGGCUGAAAAACUCAUCCGCCUGGCUGGCUUUGAUGAGCACACGGUGGAGCUCAUCGUGGGGAGAUCAGAGGAGGUGAUCCCACGCCUAAGAACCCAGUACGAGCUGAGUCGGGCUGACCUGGUGCUCCUGGCGCACCGGCCCCGAUGUUACCUGCGGGACCUGCAGCUGCUGGAAGGCCAUGCCCUGCUGCCAGCUGGUGCCACUGUGUUAGCUGACCAUGUGCUCUUCCCUGGUGCACCCCGCUUCCUGCAGUAUGCCAAGAGUUGUGGCCGCUACCGUUGCCGCCUCCACCACACUGGCCUCCCUGACUUCCCUGCCAUCAAGGAUGGCAUAGCCCAGCUCACCUAUGCAGGGUCUGGCUGA